AUGGCCACGAUACGGCGGUGUCAUCUAUUCUACCUCCUCACAGCCGCAGCGCUCGUUGCGACAGCAAUUGCAGGGAAUCCGUCUACAACGUCCCCAGGCCCCGUCGCAGAGCAGCUCAAUUCCGCCGGCUUCUCGGGAUUCGUCAAGCUCCUCGAAUCCGCUGAUUUACUCCCCACGAUCCACGACAAAUUAAAGACGGGCGACAUGACCCUCUUCGUCCCGACGAACGAGGCUCUCAUGUAUCAGAUCUCCCCCGCGAUGCUCGCUUUUCUGAAAGCCCCGCGGAAUAAAGCCCUGCUCCGGCAGGUGCUGAUGUUCCACAUCGUCUCAGAGCACAUUUCGGCGUUUCAGUGGGACGGCAAGCACACAUCCAUGGAGGGCUCUCCCGUGGAGCUGCGUAUGGACGCGCUCGCGUUUUACGCGGCGAAUAACCCGGUGAAGCAGUACAACGCGAUCACGCUUGAAGAGGGCGCAGUGGUGCACUCGAUCAAGGGGCUGCUCAUUCCGCCAACAGCGGAGAGCUUGCUCGCUGACAUUAAGAGCGACGCCGACCAGGAAGGGCGACGUAUUCUUAGCGGCGGUGUGGCCGCUCCGCCGUCGUCUCCCCCGCCGCCUCCUCCCAUCACUACCGUGCCCGUGACCGUCGAGGCUCCGCCGUUUCCUUCUCCGCCCCCUCCUCCGCCUUCUUACCCUGGCGGUCCCCCGAUGAAGCCGUCAACGAGAUUCACCGCCAGCGUCCAAUGGAUUACAACAAUCGGGGGUGCCAUGCUGCUGGCGCUACUUCUGUAG